GUUAGGUUUGCCAAACCAAUCCCCCAGGGGGGCCCUUUAGGGAAAUCGAAUAACUCCAAAGCGCCUCUUCUCUUCUUUUCCUCACUUUCUCUCUCCUCUUUCUUUGUUCUCUCUCUUCAAUGGCGGCUUCAUCUUCCUCAAGAAGAAGAACCAGAUCGAGCGGACCAGUUCUGCGAUCUCUCUCGCCCUGUGGGAGGUUUUACUCGCAGCCAUCGAAUUCUUCCAUCUCGUCUUCGUCUUCGGGUUUUGCGUCCUCUACGAGUUCAAGCUUUUAUUCCAAGGCUUCAACCUUCUUCGGCCAUCAAGAAGACCACCACUAUGAGAGCCACCGACCGGCGUCGCCGACUCGCGUCAAUCUUUGCCCCUCCGCUCCCCGUUCGCAGUCCGUACGAUUCUCCAUCGAUCACCGUUCGAUCUCUCCCAAUCGAUCCAUCACCGUGUCGAAACAAAGGCCGAUCUCGAUGACCAAAAGGACCUGUAUGUGCUCUCCGACCACGCAUCCUGGAUCGUUCCGGUGUAGCCUUCACAAGAACGUGAGCAGCGGAGGGAGUCACAAUGCGGCGUCGUAUCCUUCAAACCGUCUGAACAUGCGCAGAUCGGCGAUGACGAACUCGCUGGUUCGGAUCGGCGGCGUGGAAGGCGAGUGGGUGAAGAGAGCGCUGACGGCUCUGAUCCGGCCUUCUUCGCACCAGCAGAGGAGGAGAUCGGCGUUCCAGCCGACGCGAAGCCGCCUCUCGGUGAUGUCCAAGGCAGACGACCUCUGAUUCGGUUACUUUAUUUUCACAGGUUGGUCAUUUUCAGGUCAUAUAUCGUUUUCUGAACUCAGAUUCCGGCAGAGAUGUCAGAAUCCGGCGUGUAUUUACUGAGUUGAAUUUGCAAUGGAGUGUGCUGUGCCGUGGAGUUUUCACCGGAACGCGAGCGAUGCCGUUCCUUCGUUGGAAUCUGAGGCGGAGACUUCGUCGGCUCUGGCGAUCUCGAGCUCCACCAUUAACGGAGACCGAGUCGUUCAGGAGAGUUUUGUACUUGGAGAUCUCAAAAUCGUUGAAUUUUUUUUUUGCGACAGGACUGAAGUACUGAUAGAACAAAAACUCCCCUUUGUACAUAUGAUUUGCUUAUAAGCACAUUUUCGGGUCA